AUGGGAUUCUUCGACUCCGACCUCAGCUACCCGACGGUGCGCUCCGAGCGCAUGAAGCACAAGCGCCGCCGCUUGGUGCAGGGCCCCAACUCGUACUUCAUGGACGUCAAGUGCCCCGGCUGCAACGCCAUCACCGUCGUGUACAGCCACGCCACAACCGAGGUGCAGUGCAACGGCUGCGCCACGAAGCUCUGCCGCCCCACUGGCGGAAAGGCGAUGCUGACGACCGGUUGCGGCUUCCGCAAGAAGCCAGACCACUAA